ACAAGCAUGGAGACUCGUGGAAGGGAGCCUGGGAGGAGGCACCCUCUAGACCCUCUGCCCCUGGCCCUCGGGCUGCUGCCCUUCUUGGCUUCCGGCACCCUCUACUUCCUCCUCUGGCUGCCCUCGGAGGAGCCCAGCUGGACCAGCGCCCUGGCCAAAUGCCUCCCCGUCCUCUGCCUGGCCUUCUGGGUGCACACCGCGGCCUCCCCGGGGCCCUCCGGCCGAGGCCUCUGGCGGGGCCUCCUCUGCUCCGCUCUGGGCGACGUCUUUCUCGUCUGGCCACACCAGUUCCUCUUGGGCAUGGCGGCCUUUGCCCUGGCUCAUCUCUUCUACAUCAGGGCCCUGGGCUGGGUCCCAACCCGCCUGGCCCUCCUGGGGCCGGUGGUAGUCGUCUCUGGCCUCUUCUUUGGGCUCCUGAAGCCCCACUUCCCUGCAGAGCUGGCUCUCCCCGUGGGGGUCUACAUAGCCAUCCUGGGCGUGAUGCAGUGGCGGGCACUAGCCCGAGGGAGCCUGGCAGCCCUCGGGGGCGUGUUCUUCAGCAUCUCUGACGCCGUCCUGGGCUGGGACACUUUUGUCCAGCCUCUGGCCUCAGGCCGUCUGAUCAUCAUGGUCACCUACUACGUGGCCCAAGCCCUGCUGGCUCUGUCCGCAGUGCAGGGCAGGCCCUUCAAAGCUGACUGAGCCCGACUCCUCUCCCACAAAGAUGGCGGACUCCAGGGAGGUGGCGACCGCCCAGACGAGGCCCCACACCAUGUGGAUGGACGGACGCCUUUCUGCCCCUCCGAGGGCUUCCACAGCCACCUCCCCCACUAACUCCCCCCCCAGGGGCUCGUCUCCUCAUUGGUGUUCCUGCUCUUCUCUGAAUGCUUCCUGGUUUCCCGUUCCCAGCCGUGCCCCUUUCCCACCUCCACGUCCUCCUCCUCGCCCGCAGUCCCUCUGGUUCCUCGACUGAACUCUCUUCUCCCCGUUCCCCACAAUCCCCACCCCGAAUUCGGAUGCUUUCCCCUGUGAGCCACCAUCCCCCGGUGUCUCCCCAUUGUCCACGCUGCUGCCUUUCUCUGACUCUCAGUAAAGCGGAUUGGAAACAU